AUGGCGGGUCCUGGAUCUGUGGUAUCCUCCUUAUUCAUCAUGAUGAAUAAGAAAACAUACAUCUUGCUUCGCAUUGAGUUCCUGGUGGUGACGGUCACAUUUCUGUUCCUUGCUAUGUCCAUCAUGGACAUCUUCCGUCGCCGCUUUCACAGCCCGAUUAUCAUGUCCAUCUUUAACAUCCUGGACACUGUGUCUGACUCCAUAGUGGUAUACAUCCUUGGAGCCAUGAAAACAGCAAGGAUAAAGAAUCAGUUAUUCCCAGUGUGGGCUAUUGUUCUUGUCAAUUUCCGCAACAGCAUCGAUUUCAUCUCUGGGUAUGGUGUUCCUGACAGACGUGGUCGACGGUUCACUGAGUGGAGAAUUGUAAUCAAGCUCUUGGGAGUAGGAUUCCUGAACGGAUCCAGCGAUUCCAAGUUUUUGCUCCCUCUCUGGUCCCUCUGGAGCGUGCAGGUACUGAGGAGCUUCUACAGAUUCCAGACACAUAAUCUAGCGGUUCAGUCCAUGUGGCAUGGCCACAGUUCAAGCCUCAUUUCAGAGUACAUGCGAACUGAUCGUGAACCUGGCAACUUUAGAGAUGCAGACUGUGACCCGCAGACAAUGCAAGGAUACAAAUACCUGGUCUAUGGAGAAACAAAGCGAAGUGUCACGCUGAAGAAGCCUCAGUAUGUUCUCCGUAUAGACCCUUGCAAGCAGCAACGGAGGAGAAGAAGAAACACAAGCAUAGAUACACUCACCACACUGGACAAAAUCUGGCAGUCUGAUGGCCACCUUCUGCAACGCCACAACGACAGUAGUAGUCAGGGUGACGACUUGAAGGAUCUCUCCCUUGCCUUUGCGUUGUACAGGUUGCUCCGGUGCAAGCUUGAAGAUGUGACGCUGCACGAGGACGCUAUUCGCGUUAACCAAAAGCUGAUCAGAGCAAGAAUUGCUGAGGAGGAGAAUGACAUGCGCACCUUUAGGGUCAUGGAACUUCAGCUUGCUUUCCUCAAUGAUUACUUCAACACCCGCUACCCGAUGGUGUUCUGGUGUGGUCUCCCUUCACUUUUCAUCAGCCUCGCGCUGUCUGUGGUGACCUUUGCUGUGGUAUGCUGGCUUUCUGUGGACAUCCGCAGGGUGAUUAAACCCCCAGAGGGUGAUACCACCCACCAUGUGCAUGGAUUCAACGUCGACGUCAGUAUCACUUGGGCAUUCAUGUUUUUCAUGAUGUUCAAGGAGAUAUGGGAGAUAGUUAACUACUUGCUAUCGGACUGGACAAGAUUACUCCUCACAUGCUUAUACCAACGGUGCAAGAGUAAAUGUGUGAGAAAUAGGUUUGCAGAGGGAAUAAUACUAUCCUUCUUCAAAUCUAAAAUUAUUAACGAACGGUGGCAUGGUGUCAUUGACCAGUAUGUCUUCUUGCAGUCGUACGAUGGCAAACCAAGAUUUUGGAAUCUGCUGCACACUCUAACAGUCGGAAUGGUGGAAAAAAAGGAUGAAGGGGUAGAGCUAGGUGAGGCCAUCAGUAUUCCAGAUUGCCUGAAGCCUGUUAUUCUGGACAAGCUUCGCUCUCUGCACCUUCUGAAGGCUUACCUCGCCAAGGCGAUUAAGUCACUGCCAGAGAAAGGACAGAGGGAGAAAUACAGAUGGGCCUGCUUUGAACUGCCAACAUCCUCUCACAUCAUUCUGGUAUGGCACAUCGCCACCAGCCUUUGUGAGAUAGAGCUGGCUAAAGGCAAUGGCGUCGAUCUAACAAAACCUGGGUUCCUUUGCAAUCUCUUGUCAUGCUUCACUACGUGCUGCUCCUCCAAAUCAUAUCUUAUGGAUGAAAACAAAUUAAGUGGUAAACUUCAGGAAAGCUACAUCAUUGCAAAUAGCCUGUCGCGGUACUGUGCAUAUCUGCUUGUUUCAAAGCCUGAAAUGAUCCCUGACAGCUUCCUCGUGCCCAAGAUAGUACUCCAAGAAACCAUUAAGUAUGCUCGUGAUCAAUUACUGAAAGACCAUGACUCGCUACAGAGCAAAUAUGACAAAUUAAUAGAACAAGCACAGAAUGCUGACAAAGUAAUGGAAAGGAGAAUAUUCUGCAACAAGGUGCCAUUCUGGGAAACCAGCUCAUCAGUUCCGAGUGAAGAAGACCGUUGGGUGAUCCUGUCCGAGGUAUGGGCAGAAUUACUAGUACACCUUGCCCCUAGUUGGAAUGCAGCAGCACACAAGAAGUCCCUCGAGUCAGGAGGCGAGUUCAUUACCCACAUCUGGGCAUUGCUAUGGCAUUGUGGGAUUGAGAAGAGCAAACUGUGGCCAGUGGAAGAUGUUCCUGAUGAGAACAAUGCCCCUGGAGCACGAACAGCUCGGGACGACAAUACUGAAAGUGGCAGUGAUCAGACUAAGCAAGAGAUGCAGCAAGCUGAUGCAAAAAUAGGGAUAAAAGAGGAAGCAGACACAUCUAGAUCAGAUUUGAUGCAGGGAUCUGCAGGUGCACAGGUGCAGAAUGGUAAGGUGGAGAAUGGAGUCCAUGGAAAGGAUGGGAUUAAUGUGGAAUGUGCAGAUGUGGAUGGCACAUGGAUAGAUCAUCAGACUGAAGAACACAGUGAUCAGGAGGACACGGAAGAACAAAAACAAAUGGUGGUGGUGGAUCAAACACGCAUGCAGAAGAUGCAGAGCCUCCUUGCACUUGGUAACAUGCGUGUGAGCAUGUUAGAACCAGAUGCUCUGCCUCUGAAAGGUUCACUUGGCCAAGAACUGAAGAACCUCUUCAUGGAGACAACCUAUGGCAACAAUGAUGCCAGCAUCCCGCUGGUGCCAGAGAACCUCUUCAAUAUUAUGUGCUCACGCAAUUCAAAAUUCCAACGCGGCGUGACGGAAGACAGCAAUAUCAUGCUCAUCUCUUUGCUUGAUGGUUUGAAUGAUGAGGAACCAGGCAUGGUCGAGUCCCUCUUCUAUGGCCAGGUUGGUAAAAAUCUACGUUGCAAAGCAUGUGGGCACGCCACAUAUAAGGACGGAGAGAAGCUUGAUCUCAGUUUGGCGAUACCGUCAAAGAAACCAGUAUCAGUUGAGGACUGCUUGGACUUCAAUGCCCGGGAGAAUAUCCGGGGUUGGCGCUGUACAGACUGUUUUUCUGCUGCUGGAAAUGCCUCUACGAACCAAACUGAGCAGUCAGACAGUGGAACACACCUAAAGGCGCAACCCAGCUAUCCACCUGAUGAGAAACAAAUAAGUGCACCAGACAACAAUGAAGAUGAACAUCAAGUGGAACAAACCCAGAAAGUGGAAAAGAAGAUAUGCAGUCAAAUAACCAAGGCACCACCUGUACUAAUUAUUCAGCUGAAGAGAUUUAACUAUGAUCCACGUGCACCACAUGAUAAGACCCAGAAGUUGGGGGAACCUGUGAUCUUUGAGGAGACACUGGAUAUAACGAAGUUCAUGCACCCCUGGCAUACAGAAAAUGAAGACUACAAAUAUCAUCUUGUUGCUGUCAUUGUACGAGGGACAAACAUUGGAUGGAGGACACUAUAUUACCUUUCUGAGAGCGAGCAGGAUUGGGUAUCAGCAGCCGAGGAGGUGCUUGGGUCUCAGGCCUACAUUCUUUUCUAUGAAAGACUAAAACAGCCAAAUGUUAAUACAAGUCUGGAGACACAGCUCAUCGAUCACUCAUCAGAGGAACAGUAA